AUGUUGUAUCCUCGUAUAUCUUCGUUGUCAAUCGCAAGAAGACAUGGAAAUACAAGGGUUCAGAACAGCAUUGCAACGUAUACGUCAAUAUCAGGGCCCGUCUGUGUCAGGAGACCGCUUCCAAUCAAGGCGUGGCCAGCAACGACUUCCAAGACAUUCCUACCCACAGUUGCAUCAAAGGAUCUCUCUUCUACUUCGGCGACAGAAAUGGCAAAUGCCUGUACUGUCUCAGAAACUGUUCAAACCCCAGAGUCUAGCAUUACCCCAGAGAGAGCGUCUCAGGCUCUCUUUACCACUGCUACUGCGGGAAUGAUGUCGGCUAUUGUCGUUUGCAACUUCCCAGGCAGUGAAGAAGUAGCUCUCAACUCUGAGACUUUGAUCAUGAUGGUUCGCAAUGUUCCUCUAGCCAUAUCAUGCAGUGCCCUUGGAGACUUAGUUGCCCAGAAGCUCUCCGGAGUAACCAAGAUAGACUGGAAGAGGACUGUGAAUGCUGGAGCCAUUGGGACUGUCCUUGCUGGCUUCGGCACAACAGUUUGGCUCUCCAACCUCAACAUGCUUUUCCCCCGUGAGAUGGUAGGAUUUGACAGCCUGGGAAAAUUUAAUGCGCUCCUUGUCAAAGUGGUUUUCGACUCUGCAACAUGGGGGACCUUCAUGAACUCUGCCAACAUUGUGCUUCGUAGACUUGCAGGCGGCGAUUCCUUGUCGGAAGCUUACAGUAGUUGGAAGAAUACCAUCAUGGCAGUGACUAAGUCAGAGUUCAAGUUCUGGCCUGCAUGGGGAGCAAUGGUGUACACAGCCAUCCCAGUGGAAGAGCAAGUCAACGCCUUCGCUGUGGGAGGAUUGAUUUGGAAUGUUUACCUCAGCUGGAUGUCCAACUCAAAAGCUGCGCAGGCUACGGGCUCGAGGAAGGCGAAAUAUGGCAAGCCCGUUGGCCUCAGCUUUCCAAGCAAGUGCACAUUUGAGCUGAAGCCUCUGAUGGGUGCACGAAGUACUUUGCAACACUUCAUGGCAUGCGAUAGUGUGCUUCGAAGCCUCAAUGGAGGGAAUGAUAGGUUGAAAUCCAACGCUCUUCGGCCCAAGCAUUCUCAUCAGGCGAGGAUCUCUUCCCAUGUUGGAGCGAAAACAACCCGACAACAAAAGUUCUCGUGGAGGAAACUUCAUUUCGGGGAAGUUUUCUGA